CCUACCAAAGGCAUUUUUUUUGCUGCUACGUCUCUCAUUGGCAGCGGAAUGCUCUUCCUUCCUCAAGCAUUCAGAAAUGCCGGACUUUUCUUUUCCGCUAUAAUCAUUGUAUUUUCGGGCUUUGCGUCGCUCUUCACUCUGAACCAGCUAAUUAAUAUUGGGUAUGGAGACUUGGCGCGCCGUGCCUAUGGAACUCGGAUGGAGAGUGUGGUCAAUGCAUCGAUAAUUAUGUUGUAUCUGGGGUAUUCCUGUGUCGGUUCUGCUUUUGUGGCCACUAAUCUGCGCGACUCAUUUAACGACUUGACUGGGUGCCGGUGGCACACGCUCUCGCUUGGAUUUUGGAUAGCCAUACAGGGAAUUGUUUUGAUUCCACUGUGUCUGAUACGCCAUAUGCGGGGAUUUUCCCGGGUAUCCCUCGUUGCCAAUGUCUUUGUAUUUGUCGGCCUCACAUAUGUGCUCAGCAUUAGCUCGCGGAUGCUCAUGCAGCGCGGUUAUGGACCAAAUGUUAAACACUUUAAUAGCGCAAAUGUGCCUCUGUUUCUUGGAUCCGCCGUUUACACGUACUCAAAUCAUGGGUUUGUAUUGCCUGUUGUCGCGGCGAUGCGACAGCCGGAAAAAAUGCCUUGUUUGCUAGUCCUGGCAAUAUCCACAUGUGCCCUUUUAUCUUUAACUGUUGGCGGCAUAUCAUAUGCGGCAUUUGGUGAUACUACGCAGCAAAUCAUACUCAUCAAUAUGCCCCCAGAGGCCAUUGCCACGCAAGUAAUUCGAGUGAUAUAUGCCAUGGCCGUUGCCGGAGCUAUCCCCAUGACAAUGUAUCCGGUCUACAAGGCACUCGAGUCGUUUUAUUUUUCCAUCGCUUCGGGGAAGCAUAAUUCGUGUGUUAAAUUUGGCAAGAAUAUGUUCCGUAUAACAUUGAUUGUUUCUGUUUUGACUGUCGCAGCCGUGGGGGCGGAUAGGCUGGAUCUGUUUGUGUCUGUCAUUGGAGGCGUUGCAUGUGUGCCCCUUGGGUUUGUGUAUCCGCCUUUAAUACAC